UGUCGUGGACGUCGACUCAUCAAUCGGUGUUGGAAGAACUUAUCGAAUGUCUUGUGAGUGCUCCAGUCAUGGCAUAUCCAGACCCUCACAGCCCAUAUGUCCUUCACACGGAUGCAUCAGAGAAUGGACUAGGAGCAGUACUUUACCAAGAGCAGGAUGAUGUCUCACGUGUUAUUGCUUACGGUUCACGAACCCUAACACCAGCAGAGAAAAACUACCACCUACAUUCUGGUAAACUAGAGUUCCUUGCGUUGAAGUGGGCUAUCUGUGAAUAAUUUAGAGACUACCUGUAUUAUUCUCCAAGUUUUGUCGUAUACACCGAUAACAAUCCGUUAACGUACGUCCUAUCAACUGCCAAACUGAAUGCAACUGGCUUUCGUUGGAUUGGAGAAUUAGCUAGCCGAUUUCAACUUUAUAUACAAUACGUUAUCGCCCUGAAAAGAUGAAUACCGAGGCAGAUACUCUCUCUAGAUUACCUGAAAACAUGAGUGAAUACACGGAUUCGUGCACUGCGGAAACCUGCCAAGACGAACUGCGAACCAUCGUCCAGUCGAUACAGUUGGAAGACAAAGGUAAAGUGACUUGGGUCUCAUCUCUCACCCCUGAUCCCACUGUGUUGCAUGGAAGUGAUCCACAACCAAUCGCUAGCAGUACUCCACAGUCCAACCUUAGUGACAUCCGACAAGCUCAGCUUAAAGAUAAUGUUAUUGUAAAAGUUUAUUCGUUUGUCAACAGAAAACAGCGAAAAACUUCCUCCCAGAGAGCAGCAGAAUCACCCGAUACUAAACUCCUACUUCACGAACGGCCAAAGCUGUUUAUUGAUAAAGACGGUGUUCUACGAAGACAGAACAACUCACACGAUCAGGUUGUGCUUCCUAGACCAUACCAUCGAACAGAUCUACGUGAACUUCACGAUAACAUGGCUCAUCUUGGAUCUGAGCGCGUCCUAUGUUUGGCUCGAGAUCGGUUCUACUGGCUUCGAUGCAGAACGGAAUAUCUGUCGCUGUGUUAAGCAAAAACCACCAAGACUGAAGACCAGUGGCGUGCUGGCGGGGGGCCGUGGCCCCCAGCUGGCAAUCUUGGGGGGGGGCGCAAAAAUGAAAAAGUUUUUUAGCGGACAAAAUAUCUGAAAUGUAUCAAUCGAGUUUAUGCGCUAUAAAUUGAUGUUAUGUGCUAUACAUUGAUGUUAUGCGCAAAUACAUCGAUGUCAUAAACCGAUACAACUAAAAGAUAAACCGAUACAACUAAAAGAUAAACCAAUACAAAUAAAAGAUGAGGAAACGGAAGUAAAUACCAAUAAAAGAUGAGGAAGCGGAAGUAAAUCGGAAAAACGGAAGUUGAGCGACGCGGCGACAUACAACAAUGGCGUCUCUUGGACCACGCAUUUGGCUUCCUAACACAGAAAACCUUUUUCGUGAAUUGGUUGAUUUAAUAAGAGCUGCUGAACAAAGUCGCACUCAUUGUGACUCCGCCAGACUUUUAUUGUCGUAGAUUAGAAGAGUAUGAACGCACAUUGAGUGUUUUAACAACAAGAAUCACCGAAUCAUACACAACGGAGCAGUUUUUAAUCAACAAUCUACAUAUACCAUGUACUUAUUUAAAUAGUUUACGAAAUGAAUUCGACGUUAUUGUUGAAAAUUAUGAACGGACCUCAGAGCGCUUUUCACUAGAAGAGUACAGUCUUAAGGCUGAUUUCCACUGUUGCGUUUGUCGUUCGCACGUACACGCACGUAAAACUUUGAAUCCUUCUAUAUUUUAAAUAUUUUACAAAUAAGUUAACAAAUGCAUACUAAAACUUGCGGAACACUAAAUUCUGUUGCUUUAUUUAUUUGGUUAUUUCAUAAGUAACAUUUAAACGGAUUUAAAGUAAUUUUACGUGCGUAUACGUACGUAUGAAAAACGCAACAGUGCAUGGAAAUCAGCCUUUACGAUCGUGCGGUUUGUACGACGGAAAGAAACGGGCUCGUUGGUAGGCCAAGAAUACAAGUCACAGAAGAGCAGUUAACCACAUUGCUUUUUAAGUUUAGAUAUAGGUAUUAAAUGAGAACCAUAUUGGUGUCCUAGUAAUAAAUUUAUGCCACAAUAGUCCCUAAAUGUCAGAUCAAAAAUGUAGUGUGAAAUAUGAUAGUGUGAUGGCCUCGUGUUGUUGGCACAAUUUAUGCUUGUGAAAAUAAUGUUGUAUUUGAUAAGCCUGAGAAUAAAAAAUAAAAAAACACUUGUAUAUGUAUAAAUGUGAACCUAAGAAAUAUAAGUGUAGGUGUAGACUUUUGGAACAUAAAAUUGGAGAUGCGUGUGUGAAAUUGUAUCUGUAAAAUAUCCUGUGGUGUAAAAAAAUGUCAUCAAACUCAAGGAGUAUGAUCUCGCUGUACUAAAAAGGUUGUAUGGAGGCAUGUAACUAAGGCGAGAGCAGGAGAUAUAGUCAUGUGUGUAAAAUUCAGUAUCCCUGAAAGGCUGGCUGCGGCACAGACGCAUUAUUUGGUACACACGAAUUCUGAGUACGUGGUAUUCGGAAACGAGAAUUCAGUUCUUCGGGUAACGAUGUGGACUGCUGCACUGAACCACCUUGUGAUGCGUUUUCUUCACGUGUUUGCGAAGAAUGCUGUAAAUUGGUCACCGCGCUUAAGAUAGACUGAACAAAAUCUUGAACAUUUGGUAUUCUGCCCUGUCUCUCUUCUGCCAUGUUUUUCAAUAUGUAUUCACCAGCUUGGCGCCACUACUUGGCACGCGCAAUUUUGCCGCGUCGCUCAACUUCCGUUUUUCCGAUUUACUUCCGCUUCCUCAUCUUUUAUUUGUAUUUACUUCCGCUUCCUCAUCUUUUAUUGGUAUUUUUCCGUUUCCUCAUCUUUUAUUUGUAUCGGUUUAUCUUUUAGUUGUAUCGAUUUAUCUUUUAGUUGUAUCGGUUUAUGACAUCGAUGUAUUUGCACAUAACAUCAAUGUAUAGCAUGCACAUAACAUCAAUUUAUAGCGCAUAAACUCGAUUGGUACAUUUCAGAUAUUUUAUCCGCUAAAAAACUUCAUAGAAAAACCGCAUUUGAAAAAAUAUAGUCACUUCCGCCAAGAAAAGAUGUGUUUGAUACGCUUAUAAACAGACUAAGCGCAUGCAUAGAUGACAAAGUGAUAUAUUUUAAUUACAGACUAUUUGAUCUAACCGUAUUUGCUAAUUUGCUACAUCAGGGCUCACACAAAAUCGUUCAUAUAGAAACAUGAUCAGUGAUCACAUGCAAUGUCUCAUUACCCGAAUAUUGGUCAGGUUUCGAAGCGAUCACGGGAAUUAUGCCCUUUUUUGCUGGUAUUAUCCCUUUAUCAUAUAUAUGCUUCACGAAUCACGAGAGCGGCACAAACUAGAUAGUUAUGAUAUUGUAAAGUUGUUACGCAAUUUGGUUGUUUGUGCAAGAACAUCAUGACUCAUGAGUAAUGUAAGUAAUAAGAUAAUGCUGAAACGCGCCCUUUUAGCAGCCAAGCUACAAUCUUGGACAUAACUGGUUGAGACUAUUUUCCCCCUAUACAAAAUUCGCGUAUUUUUAUGAUAAACUCCAUGUUGAAUCAUGUUGCCAUUCUUAAACCCCCGCUCCCCCAACUCAAUGUUGAGCUUGUAUCAUGGUAUAUUACCAAAAGUUGUUUCGGUUUUGUCAAUGUUCAAUAACUUUGUAAUAUUAGCUGGAAUGGUCUCAAGGGUUUUGUCCAAGAUUGUAGCAAGUAAACUUAAAAUGCAUAUGCGUGGGGUCCGUGUGUUAUUGUAUAAAAGAGCUGAAAAUUGUAAAUGUAUUCAGAUCGCUAGAUCAGUAGAGAAUAGAAUUGGGAUUAGAUUAAUCGCUAAAAUUAGUUAGCAUUGCCCAAUUUAAGUACUAGUACCAAAUUCUAACCAAAUUGCAAAUUUCGACACGUUAUAAUGCCGUUUCCUGACCAUCAGAUUUCUGUCAAACCUUCCCCUCAAAGUCCAGGAAAUGACAUUUCAGCGACCCUAAAUUCAAAACGUUUUCGUGGGGGCAUGCCCCGGACUCCCCUACACGGCAAAAAACGCUCAGGUUGAUGCAAUACUGAUGAAAACAGGAUUGAACAAUGUUUUGCUGCCCACAUUGUUCAUAGCUGUCAACAACAUUGAACAAUAUUGUUACACCCGAUUCAUGCUCAACAGCAUUGUUCAAUAUUGUUGACAAGUGUGAACAACGUGGGCAGCAAAACAUUGUUCAGUCCUGUUGAGCAACGGUCUCGGCGUUUUUUGCCGUGUAGACAAAACUCGCACCUGCGGCGCUCGGCUCGUGCUUCCGCCCUCGUUUAUCAAACGUUAGAUUAUAGGGGCGCACUCGAAAAUUUCCAUCCGCCAUUUUGAAUUGUAGAAAUCAACACGCAUGCGUCAAUUAGUCAAAGCAAUAAUGCGCGUGCGUGAUUUGGUUUAAUUUGCGUGGUUAUGUACCAUAGCAACCUCGUUCCCAGGGCUUUAGUGUGAGGACGAGGGGAGAGACGAGAAAGCCCUGGUCUGGGCUGGUUAAUUUUGCAUUCUGAUUGGCUAACACCAUAUUGUCUAAAAAUAACUGAACUUAGCAGUUGACACUAACAAUUCAACAUUUGUAUUUUUAUGAUUCUUGUGUGUACGAGUAUGUUUUGCAAAAUAAUCUUUCAAAGUAAGACGUUUUCCCGACUGCAUGAUUUACUUUCGCCUCGGCCGGUUACAAAACUCAAAAGCCGUGUCGACGUGAGCUGUGAUGUUUCCUGAAAAAACAAGCCAAACGUCUACUAUUAUUUAAGCUGUAGUUUUCCUUCUACAGUAUUUAUAAUGUAGUCCAGAUGACUGAUGAAAUACUACGCGUAUUGCAUUGUACUAUUGUAGUAAUAUUUUAAUUUACAAUAUUCUAUACUGACAAAUAAAAGCAAGACAAACAAUUUAAUUUAGCUAUAGGCCCUGUUUACUUAAUAGCUCUACGCCUAGGCCGAUGUAGUCUCUACAAGAUUCGACACGCCACCGAGUUUUACAGUUUCAGAAUACCUCGAAUACUUGAAAAUUGCGAUUAUACGAUAAAAUAAAACAAAGAUUGUGAAGGGGGUAAAAUUUGUUGGCAAGCAUUGCUCCUGAACGGCAAUUGAGUGGAUCACGACUUGCAUGGAGACACCUAGAUGCAGCUUGGAUGCAGGCUUUGCCUGUGGUUGAAAAUCUCCAGAAAUAUCAGUAUAUCUUAGAAAACAUGUCCUCACACUAAAGCCCUGGGAACGAGGUUGAUUCUCCACAACUUUAACACAAUAACUUAUUAAUAUCCUCGUUUUAAAACAGUAGCGAUUGAUACACCGGGUGGAAAGCGUAAUUUAAAAAUGAAAAUUAAAGCCCAGCAAAUGACUUUCGGACAAGAAAUAAAAAACCCGACAUGAUUGCAUCUCGAAUGAGAGUCCAACCUCCAAAUAUAACCUCAAGGAGGAGGGAUAUUCGCCAUGGCUUGGGUUUUUUGCUAGUUUUGCCUUUUCCCCAAAGAGGAAGGAAUAAAGAUCUGCAAAAAUCCCAUGGAAUUGUAGCAAAACACACUCUCUAGAAUUCAAGGAAAUAUGCAAUGGUCCAAUAAUUGGAACGACAUUCUUGCAAACAGUGGGCAAGAAUACUAAAACUGUGUUGUACACUAGUUGUCGCAUGAAAAAUUGCAUGGGUCAAUCGCCUAAGAAGGGAACUGCAAAAUGGUUGACAGGUUGAGGUAAUCUUACAAACCAUUAGAUAACAUGUGUUUAAAAGCAGUGAGCAGGUCCUUGUAGGACUUCAAAGGUAAAUUUAAGCUGUCGAAAGCUUUGUAUUGUCCAUGUAUCGCAUCUCCGGGAUUUCCGUUUGCUGGUAAUCAUGAAUUAGCAGUCUGUGCCGUUCUGCUUCAGGGUCAAAGUAUUGUAUUUUUGGGUAACAACGAAUGCAGAGAAUCAUUAGGGACAGCUUUAAUAUUGGGAAACACUUUUACAAGCAAGGUGGAUGUGUGCACAGACUGGGUUUGUAUUUUAUCCUCUGGACGAUGUUUGGUAUGUAUAUUGUGAUAAUCAUCAAUACAAAAUACAAUAAAUUGUUAUUUUCUGUUACAGUUUUGAAAAAUUCUUUCACUCCAAAAUUCUUUCGCUGGCUUUAAUGGUACGAGGAUGUGCUACAAUUCCCAGGUUACGGAGAGAUGCCAAAUCUUGCUGGCUUAUUCCAAAUUGCUGGAGGGUUCUUGCAAGUGAUACCUGGAACCAGUUAGCCUCUAGAUCACCUUUGAUGUCAAAGAUCUCAGCAGAUUUCUGAAUAAGUUCUUCAUAUUCUUCUUUAGACAAAAACUACUGGAUGGCUUAGGAACAGAAGGACUUGGUGGGGUAUUGCUGCCAAUAGGAGAGGUCAAUGUGAUGGUUGAUUCUGUACCUUGGCUGCUGGAUGACUGAGGGACUGAAGGACUUGGUGGAGUUGUGAACACAAGAUCAUCUUCAUCUGUUUCUCCUCUAUCCGGCAAAUCCCGAUCCAAUCCUAUAUUUUUUGUGCGUUUGCACGAAUUCGCGUCUUCUAUAUUUUAAUAAUAGUCUAUUGCAUUAAAAGAUGAGGCAAUAAUUCACAAAUCGGCUCAGCUGAGUCGAACUGUUUUGUUCGCCUUCCAAAUCAAUUGGAUCAACUGACUGGUUUAUAUAUAACUGAUAACGAGUCUUCGCUUGCUCUUGGCGUAUUAGUGCAGUCAUUCUUCGCAAAGAGAGCUCUUUUGCUGGUAUGGUUUUGCGGCUCGCCGUCUACAUCGUAUGACUCCGAUCGAUAAAGCCUUUUCACCGACGUUUCACUUUUUCCUAGUUUUUGUCCAAUGGUUCGAACAGAAGAUUCAAACCGCGAGCGAACGUCACUAAUUUUAGUUACCAAUGUUUCGUUUUUGUCAGCACAGUUUCUGCAUAAAAUAUGCGAGGGUAAUUCUGGAACCGCGAUUUUUUUCCAAGUAUCAAUUCCAAAUUUGAACACGCUUUGCUCUUCAGUUCUCCGCCAGUAAUUAGCUUUCUUCUGUAAUAUGUAUUUUCAACAACGUUUGCGUACAGCAAACAAAUUUUGUCUUUUGACGAUGGGGAAACGCACUCUCGAUGUAUCGUUUUUGACGGAGUUGUAGUUUCAGACAUUUGCGAAUUCAGUGUCAGUGGACGAAUGCAGGUGCAAAGCGAAGUGACAAAUAUGCCACACAUUACUUGAAUUACUAUAACGGCCUUUACAACUCAGGCCCUUGUUAAUUGACAGCUAAUAACUUGUUCACAUUUUUUGGCGCGAAAUGCAAUUGAAAACCCUGCAAGUAUGACAAGUCGACCUCGCUGCUCGCGUUUCGUUCGAGGUCGACUUAUGGCAAGUCUAACACUAACCCUAUUCCAAUUCCCAAACACCAACUCUAACCCUAAUCCUUGCCCUAUACCAGUAACCUAACCCUAUUCCAAGUUUGUUUCUAAACCAAUCUUGAAAGAAAAAAGUUUUGAUGAAAUGUCAUUCUGAAGUCAGCGAAAUAACUUCUUCAAUGUGGCACAGGGAUAUAUAGCAACGCUGGAAUACACAAAGCUUUUGUUUAGUUUGGAAAACACAAAAGAAAACAAUUGCAUUAUAUUCAUUACCGACUGAAUGCCAAACAUUCUAACAUUAUGAUUGCUCCCAUCUUCACUCCGAAGUGAAACCCUCAGUUUAACAACGUAAAGCCUAGUUUCCAUUUGGUCGCGACAAGUGGCUGAUGUACCUAAUACAGUGUCAACAAAACUCUACAAAACUCUGCAAUCAUUAAGACUGAUUUGCAUAUAACACACACAAAGAUUAUUAUUAUAUUAGACUAUUUCACAUCUACCGUUUGUCGUGCCAGCGACAACUAGCGACCAAAUGGAAACUAGACUUAACUCUAAAAAAACGGCGAGUGUAAUUUUUGAAAAAAAACAUCGCGUGCAAAUAAAUUAUUGCAUUGAAAACACGUCGCGUGUAAUUAUUGCUUUGAAAAAACGUCCGUGCAAUUCUGAAGAAAAAAUCGGCGAGUGUAAUUUUGAAGGAAAAAAAACGAGUGUAAUGGUAAAAAAAGGCGAAUGUUUACAGUCAUGGCCCUUCUCGGCCAUCGUAGUAAAUAUGUAAAUAAAUGUACUCGAUCACGUCAUUUAUUUAUUGCAUAUUCUCCGAUAUAUUUCUCUUUUAACACAUCAUCAGCAUCAGAAAUUUUUUUAGACUAAACACUCAUAAAUCACUGAUUUUUUUAAAAUACACUAUUAAUUAAUUUAAUCUCUUUCUCGACAAGUGGUUUCGCAUUACACUAGAUUCAAUUUUUCUAAUGUAAAUAUCUCAGCGAGUAUGACUUUUUACCCUCACCCUCAACUCUUGGGUUGACCACACUGGCGAUCGCGAUAAGAAGCAAUAAUUGUUGUCGCCUGAAGCAUCUGCAAGCGUCGCAUGUUUUGAUUCAUUUGGUGAAGCAAAAGGUACAUUCGUCGCCUUCUGCGAUUAAGCGCUCUUCGUUUUUCGCGAAAACGUUGAUACAUAAAAUGAAAUAAAAGCAAAGAAUCUCUGUCCAUUUUAAGUCUACAUAUAUUUAUAUAAUGAAGAAUUGCGUAAUGUAAAUUUACCAAAAACCAAAGACACUUACUUUAUCUGUCAUUACAAUCUUAAGCAAGCAUAAGUACUUUUUCAGUCUGACCGCGACGCCGCUUGCUUAACAUUCCAGCACUUGCUUGAAUGACGUCACAAGCAAGCACGCUAAUCCUUUGCUAAUUUGCAAGCACAAGCGCUAGUGUGACCGCGACCAUAGUAUUUUGAAUUCUUAAUCGUAUAAAGACUAUCACAAGAGCGUACGUCUCAAGGGGCCGAAGGCCCGAAGUUAUGUUCGGUGAAAGGUAUGUUUAUGUUUAUAAUUUGUUAGUAAUAUUGCGUAAUUUGAUCAUAUACAAUCUCACUUGACUUUCAAAGCUCAUAAAUCUAUAAUGUUGCCAUUGACAAAACUAUCGCUAGGAAUGAGGAGAUAUUGUUAUUUGUUGCACUGAAUCGAAUGGUGGUAUUUUUGUCCUCAUAGCAUUUGCCGAACCGAAGAUAUGAACAUGCAAAGUGAUAAAUCAUGAGUGAUUUAAGUUAGUAGGGAUAUGUCAAAAUAUCACAAAAUUUGCUCAAUUUUAAGUCCUUUAAAUAGCCGCUGAAACUUUCAUCUUAUUGGCAGCCAUGCCUUUCACGCUUGAUAAAAUGCCGCAUUUAAAUGCAUGAAUUAAUUAAGCAUGUAUGAAAGGCAUGGGUGUCAAUAAGAUGAAAGUUUCAGCGGCUAUUUAACAGACUCAGAAUUGAGCAAAUUUAGUGAUAUAUUAUAUCACAGUCUAUUAACUGUGAUUAUAUUGACCAUUAAUUAAUAAAACAAUAACAAAUUUCUCCGACGUGAAUUCAAAAUGCGUUUUAAACAUUUAAAUUUCGCGCGCAAGCCAUUUUUAAUGCUGCUAGUGAUCGUUACGAAAACAAUUUAUAUUUACCAAAAAUUUCAUAACAUAUAUGAACGAAUUUGUGAAAUAGACCCUUUAUACACCCUGUAUAAAUGUCAAUUGCAACAGUUAAUACAGCGUUCACGGUUGUUUAUUAAUCAUCGCUUUCAGAAUCAAAAUGACCAUAAUUUAAAGCGUUUUCUUUUAAAGAAUGUUUCGAUUGUUAAAUCAACAAGUACUUCGUAGGUCCUAUUGUCUUGGUAUGAAUUUUAUUAGCACGGGGCGGUCUGGUUUCAUGGUCGGCUUUAGACAACGAUUCACCUCAUUUUUGCCUGCGUACUCCAAACGGUAACUAAGUAAGAUCUUGCUUAUCAACGUGUAGAUCAUUGAUUCGGCUAUUCUCCGCCCGAUACACAUUCUUACUCCAUAACCGAAUGGUAGAGAAACAAAGGCGUUAAGCUCUUGCCUCUUUCCUGUUUCAUCACGCAGCCAUCGCUCUGGCACAAAUUCUUCCGCGUCUUCCCCAUAAUACCGCUUAUCGAGCGACAUCAUGUGUUCGUGCAUUAUAAUAUUAACACCAGAUGGAAUAUGGUAGCCGAGGACAUCAAGGUCUCUAUCAAAAACCCGAAAAACCACAUACCCAGCGACAGGAUACAUGCGUUGCGACUCCUUCAGUGCUGCUUUGAGAAGUGAUGGCAAAUUGCUUGCUGAUACUUCACCAUCUGGGCCAAUGACAGUUGCUAGCUCCUGGUAAAGUUUCUCCUGGAUGUCUGGAUGUUGGGACAGUUGGUAAAGAAGCCAAAGAGACGUUGUACUGGUUGAAUCAACGGCACCUAUUAACAAUGCACUGAUCGCCGCCGUACUUGUUGAUGCAUCCCUUCCGUUGGCCACCAAAUAAUCAAGCAAGGAUUCUUUUUGACUGCUAUCUUUCUCUUGCUCUCGCUUUGUUGUCAAUACCUUUUUGACCAUGCUCAUGGCAUUGUUAUACAUUGCAGCCAUACAUUUCUCCGCUCGGUAAUACGCCGGGUCUUGAUGUACUUAAGAAAAGGAGAAUUGACAGCGAGUUCUCCAGCGCUUUUAUUCACGUUUAUGGCUGAAUCCACAAACGCGACUGCUGUCGGAUCUCGCGGGUGAUUGUAGAAUCCAAGUCGCUGAUCAAACAAGUACAAAGCAAAUGCUUCUACAGACCAGAAACUCAACUCCUCUUCAAUGUUUUCCACUUUCCCAUCAAACUGCGUACGAAGGUUCAAUUGUUUGAUGAAGUCAUUCGCUACAGCAUUUAACAUAGGAAAUUUUUCAUUGAUGUCCUUUGGACGUAACAUCUUUGGCGAUAGCAGCGAUCUUUCUGGAUACCAUUUGUCAUAGUCGUUCGAGAGCAACAUAAGACCUUUGCUUCGUUCCACAAUCUCGUUCAAGGUUUCGAAACCCGGCCGCAUCUGAAAUUUCUUCUCGGUGCGUAAAACCUUCUCUGCAGCAUCUGCAUCGGAAAUAUUUACAAGUUGCGUGUCCAGUACUUGCUCACUGUAUAUUGGGCCAAAUCUUUCGAAGCGUUUCUUUACGACAUCCAAAAGCGCGCCCUUUGUGAACGCGUAUUCCAAAACAUUUUGAAUUGUUCCUUUUGGGCCAGGGAUUUCUGAGUAAGGCAGCACUUUGCUGUCGCCAGAUUUAUAGACUUCUUCGCGACGGUCGACGAACUACGUGCGAUCAUUGCCAGGGACCAAG